AUGGAUAAAAAAAUAUCAAUACAUACAUCUUCUAGAGGAAAGCUUCCAGGAGAAAACCCUGCAACAAAGGAACCUUUGGCAACUGCCAAAGGAUACGAUGAUGAUUCCAUCGGCUCAUCGCGGCCUCAUAUUUUCAAACGAGACAAAUAUAAAAUUGGAUACAAACAAAUUACCCGUGAUGAGUACUUCGGUAAAUCAGAAUCAGUUUCGGGAUCAUCUGAUACAUUUCACUGCUUUCACGGAUCGCAGGGGAAGCUUUACACGAAGGAGGGUCGUCUUAAACGAAACUUGAUAAAGGAAUUGGAUCCUAUUCAAAUUCCUAGCAAAUGGAGUGAAAAAUGUCGGCCCACCAGUGGAUGGCAGGUGGCGGCGACCCUGGAGUUCCUGACUACCGAACCAAUGGCUCAGCAAACGGAUAGAAUAGAAGCCUACCUCCGCGAUUUUUCCAAAACAUCUCGUCACGGAUAUAAAAUAGAAGUUCUAAAAAGUUUGUGUGUUGUCUUGGAAUACCUCGUGGAGAAUUUAGGCAAUAAGCCUAAUUUACGAGAGGGAACUGUCCUUCUAUUGAAGAAUUUGGAUAAACCAAUUUUGUUAACAGCUGCAUCUAACAUUGUCUCACAAUUCGACGAACUUACAAGAUAUGUCGGAUUUCUGAGUUACCUUCUCAUACGAUUGGAGGAAGACCAGCUGUUUGACUACGUAGCGCGCGGUUUGAUAUGGCAACUGUCAGCCGGAGACGCGGACCGCGACACGGGCGCGGCGCCGCUUCACGUGAUGCUCCGCGCCGCGGGCCCGGCGCUGCACACCGUGGUGCACAUGCUGGCGCUGUCUUCGUCCCAUCGAUUCCCCGCCUUCCUGGAAAUUGCUUUAUUAAUGGCCUGCGACUCUGCUGAAUACUGUAUUGAAAUGCUCGAAGAAAACGUAAUUGAGAAUAUAUUUUACCGGUUUAAUCCUUACUUCCCCGGUGACAAGUUGCCUGCGUAUGAAAACAACCCCGUCGACCCUCAGGACCACGCCGUCAAACUAGGAGACAGUAGCAUCAACAUGUCGACGACGCUGACUUUGCUCCUCGUACUUGUACAGGCUCUAAAGAACUAUUUAGUUGCCAACGCUACCUCUCGUUCUCUAUUUCCGUGUCCGGAUUACUACUCUCAACGGUGCUUUAUUUGGGCGUAUCGUUAUGAAUGUCGCGCUCGCGAACAUCACCACGAGAGGAGCACGCUAACGGUGAUCACACAUGCGCUCGUGCACUGCUUUGGUGAACGCCUGAUGGCCUUCUCUUCUCUAUUGAUGCCCGAUAUAAUGACUUUGUCUGUGCUCACUGAGGUUCCUCGCAGACAUGAUUGGACUCGGACCGUCAACUUCAACAGAGCCCAAGCAGACCUACUUUUCAAAAAAGUUUUGAUUUACUUAUCUGUGGCAUUCCUUAAAACUAUACCAGUUAAUAACUUUAUGGUGGAGUCUCAGAAUUGGCUAUUGGGUCUGAUGUUUUUGCUAGACCCUGGUCUAAGUCCUCUCAGAGCCCACUGGUCACCAGCUCUUUUUUCCGAUCUCCGAAGGACGGCGUUACAAGCUUUGGUCAGCACACUACCCGUCAUGCCACCGAGAUUAGUACAAGAGUAUGCAAUAAUAAGAAGGAUACUGUGGUAUAUAGAAUGGUAUUCGGAGUGUCCUUACGAGCUCCCGACAUUAUACUGGAGCCUGCGGCUGCUGCAGGUGGCGACCCACGAUCGUCAAAUCGCUUCUAGACAAAACUCCCUGAAAGACCUGUUUAACACUCACGGAAUUAUAAUACUGACGCACCUCUGCUACACGCUGCUGAAGCAGAAGUGCCCGCCGAUGGAAAAGAGCCAAGUCAUCAUCGCUCUCUGUCUCCGCGUCCUCACGAGCGCGCUGGAAGCGGAAACGCGGGUCGUCUGUUGCGUGUACCCGCGGCUCAGCUGGCCCGGCUCCGUCUGUGCGCUCGCCAGCAGGAUGCUGAGCGUCGUUCUUUUCUCGCUCAACAAGCAUCUCAUUGUUGCCGAUAGGUGGCUUAUAUCUUUGUUAAACUUUGUCUGGGAGGCAAUAGUUUGGCAAAACGAGCACAGAGAACGUUUCAUCGUGAAUAGCGGUGUUUAUAAUCUCCUGGAUAUCAUAACGGUUAGCAAAGCUCCCGUCCAAUGCCUCGCCCUGGCGGUACUGUGCGACGUUGUACGCAGCGGAGUCGCCGUCGCGCAGCUGGUGACCUGGCGUCCUAGUCUGUAUCCGUGUAUGGUGAAGCGAGGAUCUUCAAUAGCGGCUCUGUUGGCGGCCGUCUUCAGGGAUGAGUGCCGGUCCAAUGGAGUACCACUUGAUGAAAAUGGCGUCAUACAAAAUUUGGAUAGUCCUCUUCAGUCGUCAGAAUCACAAAGAGAAAUUCAUACUCAAGAGUACCCUGAAAUGAAAAGUCGACGAAGGCCCGAGUGCGUGCCCGCGGCGAUAGCUGCUGGAUCGCGGGCGUCCAAGGUUUUUGCGCUUUUGCAAUUAUUGUCUGAAGAUUUAAAGAACAAAGUUGCCCUGGCGGACGAGGCUUACAACUUGUAUAAAAACGUACGACUUGAAGCAGAAGACGAGGUAAUCCUGGUUCUGUGCUCACACUAUUUGACGGUUCAAAUCAACGAGACUUGGUCAGAAACAAAAGUUAAACGACCAGGACUCUUGGUGCAAGACGAAGCGAUAUUAAACGAGUUUCUAGAGAUAAAUGGUGGCUGGGCAAAGGACAUCAGACGACAACAACAAGACGUAAUAGAAAACCGGCACAAAAGACAACUGGAAGACGAAAACUCUUUGUACGUAUUCCUACAGCGAGUGCGACUUAACGUGGCAUUAGACGCUCUACGAGAAGUGCGCUGUGCGGCGAGAAGUGCACGCACGCCUCACCCCGGUCCGCAAGGCGACGCCGCGGUCGAGGAUGACGCAUCGCUCAUCCGCACCUACCGUCCACCACUCGAUGAUCAAAAUGUAACCGGACAGUGUAUGAAGCUGUACAGCAUUCCACCGACUAACGACGCGCCGGAGGAAAAUAUGGGUUCUCAUAAAUAG